AUUAAUGAAAAGGGUCUAGCCCUUUAUGCAGGUUCUGGGACUCCAGCAGAUAAAGAAGGUUAUUUGCUAAAGAAAGGGGAAGUGAAUAAAGGAUUUCAAAAGAGAUGGUUUGUGCUGAAAGGGAAUUUACUGUUUUAUUAUGAUAAGAAAGGUGAUCGUGAACCAAUUGGUAUGAUUGCUUUAGAGGGAUGUACAAUAGAACUGGAUGAAAACAGUGAUAAUUUCACAUUUCAAAUUGCAUUUGCUCCUGCUGGAUGUAGAACAUAUAUAAUAAGUGCAGAGUCUCAGGAACUUAUGGAAUCUUGGAUGAAGGCUUUAAGUUGUGCUGGAUAUGACUAUGUUCGGUUAAUGGUUUCUGAAUUACAGAAUCAACUGAAUGAUUUA